AUGAACAAGCUCCUAGGCUGGCUUAAAGAUUGGGGUCGAAAUAAUCUUGGAGAAGGUGGCAAAACCAAAAAACCAAAGCCUCCACCAUUUUUGGCCCAGACAGAUGGUGCACCCUUCAAGGCUGUACUGCUUUCCGGUUCGCCUGGUGUGGGCAAAACAACUUGUGCAGUAAUGGCAUGUGAAACACCUUGGCAUGAAGAUAGUGGAGAUGAAUGCAUCGGAUGUACGAAGCAAGAAGAACCUCGAGCAGCAGAUGAUGAAGUGAAGCACGUUCUGAUAAUGGACGAGGUUGAUGGAAUGAGUGGAACUGAGGAUCGCGCAGGGAUUGCUGAAUUGAUACAAAUCAUCAAGGAAUCAAAAAUUCCUAUAAUUUGUAUUGUAACGAUCGGCAGCAUCCGAAGAUAA